UCACCCAAAAAGUCACCAUUUCGAAUCUCAUAAAGAAUUGGGCUCCAUUCUUGUGGGGUUGGACUGCGACAACUCACGAAAAGCAGGUUCUUGGCCAUCUCAGUGUGUAGUGACAAUGGUGGACAGAGAUAAAUUUGCAUGUUAUUUCCACAUAAAAGGUCGUUUUGAAGAGGUUGAGGUCGAGGGUUGUGUCAUAGAGUGCUAUACAGGCGGGUUAGCAUUUGGGAGGUAUGACUUAGAUGUAGACAGGUUUGGGUACUUUGAUAUGGUUGAUUUAAUUGAUAAGUUGGGAAUGAAGGACUGGGAAAGACUUAGAUAUCUGAAGCCUAUGUCUAAUUCAUAUAAUUUGAUUACUUCUGAUCAAGAGGUAAUGGAAAUGUUGUCAUACUUAACUGAUGAAAUUAGAGUUGUGCAUGUAUUUGUUGAGGGUGGUGUUAAGGUUAGGCCUCCUGGUAAGUGCAUAAGAGUGCCACUUGAUGCAUGGAGAGAUGAUGACUAUGUUCCUCAAACCUUAGCUGAAUUACAUGCCUCCAGGGCUGUACCAUCAUCCCCCUCACCUAAUGAAAAUGUUACAACCGAUGUAGAAGCCCCCUUACCAGUGGAUGCUACUGAAGCUUUUGGUGAUGAUGAUGAACUGGAUAAAAUGAUAGAUGAUUAUGAAGGCAGUGAUGGUGAGUGUAAUGAGGAGUCUAGUGAGGAUUCUGAUUAUGUUCAACCAGAGGGUGAUGAUUCUGAUUGUGGCCUCACUGACAUAGACUUAGCUUCAGGAGAUGAAGAAUAUGUUGAGAGUAAGAAAAAAAUGAAGGGUAAGGAUAGGGUUUUCAAUUACAUUGAUGAUGAGGAGAUAACAAUUUUAGGCAAUGAGGAAACAAGUGUUAAUCUGUCUGAUUAUGCAAGUUCAGAUGGUUUUGUGAACUCAUCUGAAAGUGAUGAGGAUGGAGGGGAAGGUACUGGUAAACUAAAAAAGAUUUACUAUAACCCAAAGUGUGAUCAUAGUAAGCUAAAGUUGAAGCUUGGUAUGAGAUUUCAGGAUGGGUGGGAGUGUAGGCAGGCUAUUACAACUUGGGCUAUUGAACAUGGGAGACAUGUCAACUUCAAGAGGGUUUCUGCAAAGAUGUGUGAAGCAUAUUGCAAACCCCCAUGUAAUUGGAGGGUGUACGGUUCUGUAGUUUCUAGGGAUAACCAGUUCUACAUUAAAACUCUGUUGGGUAGACAUAGUUGCACUAAACAUAUGGAAAACCCACUGUUGAGUUCCAAAUGGAUUGCUGAGAGAUACAUUAAUGUAUUCAGGAUAAGGCCAGAUCUUAAAAUUGAAGACUUGAAAAAUGAUAUAUGGGAUAGGUUUACAACAAAAGUGGGGAAAGAUAGGUUGUACAAAGCAAGAUCUAUUGCUAAGCAAUUGGUUAGAGGGUCUGUUGAGGAGCACUAUAAUAUGUUGGGUAGAUAUCUUGCUGAGCUUAGGAGAGUUGACCCUGAUGGAUCAUUUGUAUUGUUACAAGGGGAAGACCACUUAUUCAAGGGGUUGUAUGUGUGUCAUUCUGCCCUUAGGAGGGGGUUUAAAGCUGGAUGUAGACCCAUAGUUGGAUUAGAUGGCUGCCAUUUAAAGACAUAUCUAGGAGGGAUACUCUUAUGUGCUGUAGGAAAAGAUGGGAAUAACCAAAUGUUCCCUAUAGCCUGGGCAGUGGUGGAAAUUGAAAGUGAAGACACGUGGACUUGGUUCUUGAAGCUACUGUGUUAUGAUUUGGAAAUUGGUGAAGGUGGUGGCUGGACCUUUAUUUCAGAUCAGCAAAAGGGCCUUGAAAAUGCCGUGCAAGCCAUAACUCCAUUUGCUGAGCACAGAAAUUGUGCUCGGCAUGUUUAUAUGAAUUGGAAAAAGAGCUUUAAGGGAGCAACUCUGAAAAAUAUGUUCUGGAGAGCUGUGAGAGCAACAACUGUUGCUCAAUACAAGGCUGCACUGUUGGAGAUGAAAAAGGAAGAUGCUUUAGCAUUUGAAGGCUUUGUGUCAAAGGAUGUGAAUAAAUUCUGUAAGGCUUUCCUUACCUUUACAGCAUGCUCAGAUAUGAUAGAUAACAACAUAAGUGAGACAUUUAAUGGGUGGAUUCUAAAUGCUAGGGGAAAGCAUAUAAUUCACAUGCUAGAAGAGAUAAGAACUUCACUGAUGAGUAGGCAAGUACAAAAGCUUGAUAAAGUGAAAAAUUCAACUGAUGUCAUAUGUCCUGAAAUCAGAAAAAAGUUGGAAAAACUUAGGCACCAAAGUAGGCACUGUAUACCAGCUCCUGCAUUAGGUGGUAAGUUUGAGAUCACUUUAAAUGAAGACAAGUAUGUGGUGUAUGUGGAAGGUAAAGAGUGUGCAUGUAGGGUUUGGCAACUGACAGGGAUACCUUGUGUACAUGCUAUUUGUGCCAUACAAUUCAUGAGUAAGGAUAUUUCUGAUUAUGUGAGCAAGUACUACUCAACUGAGAAGUAUUUAGCAACAUAUGAGUAUAGUUUGGAACCAGUGAAUGGGCCUAAACUGUGGCCAGAGGUUGAGGGCUCUACAGUGAAGCCACCUGCUAUUAGAAGAAUGCCAGGAAGGCCAAAGAUCAAAAGAAAAAGGGCAUUAGAAGAGGAUCCAAAGAGGCCAGGGCAUUUGAGAAGAUUUGGCCAACUCAUGACCUGUCAGAAUUGCCAACAGACAGGACACAACAAAAAAACUUGCAAAAAUGAGAAAGUGGAGAAGGCAACUGAGAAGAGGAAAAGAGGGAGACCCAGGAUAGAAGAGGCAGGCAGAUUAAGAGCUUCGACAAACAAGGAUGGAGCAUCUUCAUCUAAACAAACACCAAGAGAAGAUGGUCCAUCAUCUGAGGCAGCAACUAUAGCUAAAGAGAAGAACUUAUCCAAGAAAGGGAGUGGGGUUUAUGUAAGUCUUCGAAGUGGGAACUAUUAUUACCAAGGAAGAAGAGUGACCACAGUUACACAUCCUAUUCAAGGAAGAGGCAGGGGCAUGCCAAGUACAAGUACAAGCCAACUGACAGAGGCACCUCGAGGGAGAGGUAGAGGCAGACCAAGAAUGAGAGGGAGGGGAGUUAGUCAACAAUCAAGCCAAGUCACUGAUGUCAACACAACUCAAGAAAGCAGGGCACCUCCACAGACUUAGUCAAUUUGCAGUGUGUUUGUUUUUGAUGUUUUUGCAAGGAAGUCACUGAAGCAUUCUAAAACUUCUUUUGAAUAUUGUUUUUGAUUGGAUCUUUCUAGCUUGCAUGUUGUUUUUGAUUUUCAGCUGUCAUAUGAACAUAUAUUUGAAUGGUUGAAAUGAAGCUUGGUAUUGUAAGUUUUAA